UUUUGGCACCUGAAACCCCGACCGCGAUGACGUGUUUUGGUGACACCACCUCCCGCUCAUUUUUGUUGGCAAAUGGGCAAAGUUGAAACAAUUUGGAUUUGCGUGAGCAGAAGCAAAGCAAGAGCCAUCAGAAAAUAAACGGAAGAUGAAGUCUACAGCUGUGCAAUGGACUCUGUUUAUUGUCCUGGGGUAUCUUUCUAGGUUAUCUUCAGGCUGGACACUCAAAGUGCCAGACAUUUCUGCUGGUGCUGAUUACAGUGCUGAUCAAUGGCUGGUAUCUCGACGCGAUUGGAGUGGAAAAGUGGCCCAAUUAUGUGUGGCGGCUGCCUCGUCCACGGUAUUAUCGACGACAAGACCUGCCUGGGCUGACACAGAAAAAGAAGACGGUAGUACCAGUAGUGGAUUGCUGUCGACCAAUUCCGUGGCCGACAUGUUGCAUGCCGUGCCUACCUUUUCCAUUGUCGAUGCCAGUGGUGUCCCGUUCAUGGUCGUGGGAGAAGAUGCCAAGGUGACUGGAUAUUUCUUUACCACGUACGAAGAAGCCAAACGAUUGUUGGAUCUGGCACGGAACAGUGCCGAUAAGGCCAUUCGACAAGCCAAACGAGAAAAACAGCCACUGGAAGACGAUACCAAUCCCUGGACAUUGGCACGCAUUUCCACCAUCCCAUUGGAUGUCGCCGUCACGGUCGUUACCAAAUCACAAUACACCAAAAACUACUUUCAAGUAGCACCUGCCUUUGACGAUAUUGAAGAUGCCUUGCAGAUCACCGGAAAGUCGGAUCUACCCGAAGGCAAGGUCCCGCUCUUUUACAUGGAAAACUUUACCAUUCCGGUUACCAACAACAAUCAACAACAAACGCCACUCUACUUUCGCAAGUCCGAAUUGAUACAGGAAUACCAAAAACAAAUCAAGGGCAAUAAGGCAGCCGAAAUGCCACCCAUUCUCGUCACCGAGCUGUUUGCCGUUUUACUAGAAUUGGUCAAACCGGGAGGCGCCGACGAAGAUCUCAAGAAUCUCGUCAUUGUACCUCCCAAGGGAAGUCUCCAAAAAGCCAAGCAAUGCGAAAAGGCGGGAGGAAACGAGCCGCCCUUUGUGUUUGGGAAACGAAAUCUUGUAUUAUAGAUUUGGUUUAGUAGAAAGCAGCUAACUGGAACGAACAAUAAGAGUGCACUCAAGCCCGAUGCGACUCUGGAAGUGUUGGCGGCUAGAUUGUUGGUCUACUAGCUAGCUGCCGCACAUGGAGAAUGCAGCUUGACUUAUUUACCGCCAUGAACGUGUAUUCAAUAUUCUUCUACCGUUUAGCAAAGUGCAUUCUUGGAGCCGUCAUUUUGCAAUGGACACGGAGGCUUUGCUUCGUUAGGACUCUCUGUGAAAGGCAUCAAUGACUUCCUGUGGUGCUUGCACCAGUUCAAUCAAUACUCCAUUGCCACAGAUGGGGGACUUUUCGUUUCCCUUGGGAUGAAUAAAGGUCACAUUGUGGCCGGCGGCGCCCAUGCGGAUUCCACCAGGAGCAAAGCGGACCCCGUUGGCUUGCAUCCAUUCCACGGCUUCUUCCAGAUUGUCCACCCACAAUCCAAAGUGAUUCAACGGUGGAACAUGGACCUAUCACAAUAAUAUCACAAUGAAAGUACAUGUACCGUAAGGAAGAGUAAACAAGGCGGAAUUCAUAAGAUCAUGGUCGUACCUUGGGACUCUUUUCUGGAUCAAUGGGGAUCAUUAAAUCCACUUCGACUGCAAACGGUGACUUGGCAGCACCCAAUCGCAAGAUAUCUUCAUCGACAUUUUCCUUUUCGCUCUUGAAGUUACUCUCGGGCUUGAGUCCAAAAAUGUCUCCCCACAGUUUGUCCAUACCGGUCUUGUCGGUCGAUCCCAAUGCAAUUUGUUGGACUCCGAGAAUCUGAAAGGGUCUCGUGGAAGGAGCCGUGGAAAAGGAUGGAGCGACAACUUUGGAAAAAGCGAAUUUCGUCGUUGCUGGCAGUCGCCUCAAGCCACUUCGGAGCGCUGCUGAGAACAUCUUGAUCUGUUGUUGGGUUGUUGGGUGAUAUUUUCAGAGGGAGGUCUUUCUAUUGUGCGUUCUUGUUGGACUUGUGAAGCCGUUUGUGAUUGCUUUCCUACGACUGUACUCCGUGGCUUCUCAUCGACAGGUUCGCUUCGUGGUGUCAAAACGAAGCAACAAGAUCCAAGAUUUAAGCUCGCAGUGCUGUAAAGAGUUGGGGACGUUCGGUGAUGGUCGUCUCCCAACCUUUGACGUUGGAGUACCGUAACAUUCCAACCCAACCUUCGAGGUUGGAGUUACUAGUACUUCCCAAAAUGCCAGGUGGACAGGUGCUUGAGGUCGGCCUGCCAAGUCUAAUCUCAGUAACUUGACCAGUGUUCACUGUCCUAAGCAAUUGAGACAUGUAGCAAGUAUCGUUUUAUUAGUUA